AUGCGUUUUUCUGUUUUGGCCCUUGCAACCUUCAUUGGGCUAGCCUUUGCCUCACCUAUGGAAGCUGAAAAAGACUCACCAGCUUCUGUUCAGACCAACAACUGCUAUACACUCUGCAAGAUCGAUGGCGGAUCAGUCUUUCAUACCAAGACCCAAGACCUCCUCAAAAUGAAGUUCAUCUCCGCCUCAAUCGCUCUUGUCCUCUCUCUCGCUCUGCUUACGGCUGCAUCGCCUGCUGAGCUAGACAAGAGGGCGUGCAUUACGAAGAAAUGUGCUGCUGCAGACCCCCAAAAGUGCUGUCCCGAUAAAUAUGGAUUCUGCAAUACCGAUACCAAGCAAUGCCAGUGUGGAAAGGAUUGCUUCAAGUCCUAG